AUGAUGCCAUUCACCGACGUUGAUGUGUUUUACCAUAAUCGCACGAAAGUUGAGUUUGGCUUAGAUAAUCAUGUUAGAGAUGAAGUCAAGGGCCUCUCAAGCCUAAGGAGGAUUUCUAAGGAUGAACUCUUUGGUCAAUUAUUUGAUGCACUUGAAAAAAUCCACUAUUUUAAGAGUACAUCUGAUGGAAAUGACGACCAGGUUCAGCUGGAUAGGGCAACAAAUUUAUUUCAUAAUGCUCUAGAGGUUUGUAGCAAGGCGAUCCACACGAUCUCUAGUCUGCUCUCGUCGAGCCUCUUCGACGGCACUAGCCUACAGGUUCUUCACACUAGCCAGGUCUUUGCCUAA